AUGAUUUACUUAAAGAAUACUUUUCUAAUAUUUGUAGUAUUUGUUUAUUGUAUAAAGAUUGCAUCCUCGUUAACAUUGGAUCUAAAUAAUACUAGUAUGUCCGAAUUUCAUACAUUAAAAUUAUUGCAUCAAGGAAUAGCUAAGACAAUAGUACUCUCAACACCAGAUAGACAAAUAACAGAAGUUCGUCAAGGGAGAGAAUCAGUUUGGAUGGGUCAUCCAGGUGAAUCUAUUAAGUGUGUAACAUUUUAUAUUUCAUUUAAGUGGUCUUCUGAAGUACUUAUGACUAUAGAAAUUAAUAAUCCGAAUAAAACUGCUAUGUAUUAUCUUCGUAAACACCACCAUAAUUAUAAAUAUAUCAGUCUGCAAGAGUUUGAAUCAAGAUAUAGAGACAUGGUUAUUCUUUCCAAACAACUAGACCUGAUAAACGAACAGAAUAUCAGAGAAAAAGAAUUAGUCAGGAAAACUAAACAGAAACAACCAAAAAAACGCAAAGCCGAAACAGAUGAUACUGGGGAACCAGAAAAGAAGAUUAGAAGACAACCAAAUGAAACAACUGAACAACAACCAUUAGUACCUGAAACCAUUCAUUUUGAAAUUUCAGAUAGCGAGGAGGAACAUGAAAUAAAAUUAGAAAUAUCAGAUGAUGAACAACAUGAACCACCUGGUUUAUCACAUUUCAAAAAACCCACUCAGCCUUCUCAACCAUUAGUACCUGAAACCACUCAAGUGGAACUAGGAUCAGAUGAGGAUACGUUAACGACAAAUCUAAUAGGUGAACCAUUAUUUGAAGAAGGUGUUCAAAUGAUGUUAGAAACGGAACUUAAAGAUCUUGGAUUAUCAGAAAUUGAUGCAUUAUUUGAAGAACAAUCAGACUUUACUGAAACUCCAGCAGUACCAGAAAUUGUUCAAGUUGAAGUGGAAUCGGAUGACGAUGAAGAAUCUUAA